AUGAACAAUUCAGCUUGGUCAAAUUCAUAUAUUUCAAUUUUUUAUCUGCUGCAGUUUUCUCAAGUGGUUGGUGUUUCUUGGAGCUUAUGCCAAUACCCUAAAGAGAUAGAAAUAUCCCUUUGUCAUGCAUUGUCAAGUGUGAUUCCAUCUAAUGCGCUAGGAAAGAUACUAAAGCUUCAAGUGCUGAAAAUAAGCUAUUGCAGCUCGAUGAAGGAGGUAUUUGAAACUCAAGGUAUCAACAACAGUAGUAACUAUGUUGAUGAGGGAACACCGCCAAUACCAAGACAAAUUGAUGAUGUUAAACAUCAUGUGCUGAAACUUCCCAACCUAAAGAUAUUGAAAAUCGAUGGUUGUGACCUUGUGGAACAUGUAUUCCCUUUUUCCACACUUGAAAGCCUAAGGCAACUGGAAGAGUUAAUGAUAAAGGAUUGUGAUGCAAUGAAAGUGAUUGUGAAGGAAGAAUGUGGGGGGGAGCAAACAGCAACAUCUGAGGUUGUGGUCUUUGGUCGUCUAAGGUCAAUCAAGUUAAUAAAUCUACCAGAUCUUGUGGGUUUCUACAGGGGGAUGAAUGAAUUCCGAUGGCCUUCAUUGCAUAAGGUUAAGAUCAUCAAUUGCCCACAAAUGAUGGUGUUCACUCCUGGUGGGUCCCGAGCUCCACAGCUCAAGUUUGUAGAAACAAUCUUAGGAAAACAUAGUCCUGAAUGUGGGUUUAACUUUCAUGCGACAAACAUUUCUCAGCUUCAGACCCGACCCCCGAGUUUAGGCCAUACAACCUUGUGCCCUGCUACUACUUCAGAAGGAAUCCCGUGGUCUUUUCAUAAUUUGAUAGAGUCACAAGUGAAGUUUAAUGCAUAUGUUGAAACAAUUAUUCCAUCAAGUGAGUUGCUACAACUUCAAAAGCUGGAAAAGAUUCACCUAAGAGACAAUACCUGGGUAGAGUUGGUAUUUGAUGCAUUGAAAGGAACAGAUAGUGCUUUUGAUGAAUCAGAAACUGUUAUAAAACUUCCAAACCUAAGAGAAGUGGAGUUAUAUCGGCUAGCUCAUCUCAGGUAUAUAUGGAAGCACAGUCCGUGGACAACAUUUGAGUUUCCAAACCUAACAAGAGUCUAUAUUGGUGAUUGCAAAACAUUAGCACAUGCUUUUACUAGUUCCAUGCUUGGUUGUCUAUUGAAUCUCCAAGAGCUGCAUAUAAUUGACUGCAUCCGUAUGGAGGAGGUAAUUGUUAAGGACAAAAAUGUUGUUGUGGAAGUAGAAGAGGAGUCUGAUGGCAAAAUGAAUGAGAUUAUGUUACCUUGUCUUAAAUCCUUAAAGCUUGAUCAACUUCCAUGUCUUAAGGGAUUUUGUUUAGGGAAGGAGAAUUUUUCAUUUCCAUCAAUGGAUAUUUUGAGCAUCAAGAAAUGCCCAUCAAUUAUGAUUUUCACCAAGGGAAGUUUUGUUACUCCAGUGCUAGGAGAAAUAGAAAAAAGUUUUGGCUUGUUUGAUGUAGGAGAGGACGACAUCAACUCCUUUAUAAAGAAGAAACAGGAGGUAGGUCGAUGUUACUUGCUUUAG